UAUUAGAGCAGGGAAGGGCGGCUUUUCUCUGAGCUGCCGCUUCGCUAGCCGCUCCCUUUAUUGUGCCCCAGCUAUGGUCCGGGAGGCGCCAACGGCUCAUCCCCUUCUGCUGGUCGCCGUCUUCGUGGUCAUGUGUGCUGCCAUACCGCACUCUAUCAUGGCCAUAGAUCUUAGCCGUCUCUACGGACAUGUCAGCUCAAAAAGAGGUGACGCGUGCCACCCAUACGAACCAUUCAAAUGUCCAGGGGACGGCAACUGUAUCUCCAUCCAGUAUUUGUGCGAUGGGGCGCCAGACUGCCCUGACGGGUACGACGAAGACUCAAGGCUUUGUACGGCUGCCAAAAGACCGCCCGUGGAAGAGACGGGAAGUUUUCUUAAAUCGCUUCUCCAAAGCCAUGGUCCGAACUAUUUGGAGAAAUUGUUCGGAAGCAAAGCUCGAGAUGCACUGAAACCACUAGGUGGAGUAGACAAAGUUGCAAUAGCAUUAUCAGAAUCACAAACAAUUGAAGAUUUUGGAGCAGCGUUACAUCUGAUGCGAUCAGACUUGGAACAUUUACGUUCCGUGUUUAUAGCAGUAGAAAACGGAGAUCUGGGAAUGUUAAAAUCAUUGGGAAUAAAAGAUUCCGAGUUGGGUGAUGUGAAAUUUUUCUUGGAGAAACUCGUGAAUACCGGAUUUUUAGACUGAACCAUAUUUGACCCUGCUGCUAUUUUCUUCGCUCAUCCCCAACCCCAUCUACCCUUAAGUAAAAACUUUUAUUCCUAUCUUCCAUAUUAAGUAUCUUUCUGUCUGUCUGUCUACUUCAUUGUUCAGCAGCAGAGUCCGUUAAACUCCGUCCCCUGUCUACACCAUCCCUUAACCAACGGCUCGUUUUCCCAAACCAACCACUAAUAAAAAUGGUAGAAGAGUAAUUUUACGCAUUUGUUUCUUUAAAAAUUAUUUUACAAAACAAAAAAUAUAAACGUUGGCCUCUCAAUAACACCAAACUUUACACUAAAAGGGUGGCCUUAGACAUUUUACGGUUUUUGGGGAAGCGAGCCUGGUUAUGUUUUUUACUCUGCUGGACAGCCCUUUCUGCUGUCUCAAAGGCUGGCUGCACAUAACCAAGGCCAACAACAAUUUUGAACUUAUGACAAACAUAUCAAAGCACCAAAAGGUCUUUGUAAACGGCACAUAUCAUAACUAAGUAUAUUGUUAGUCUAUAAGACAAUUUUAAAACACAGAUUUAUAUAUAUAUAUAUACUAGUACAUAUAGUUUUUAUUAAUGUUUUAGACAUCUGAAUGUUUUUCAAAGAAUGUAUCUCUUUUUGUCAAACACCUUAUGAACUUAAGUGAGAUAACUAGCUACAUGUUGGACUUACCAAAGACUUUCCUUUUUACUUAAUUCAACAACGAUAUCUUAAAGAAAAUAGAUUUAAAUAUAUAAUAUGCCACGACCUAACCACAUCAAUAAAAUAGCUAAAUGUGUGAUAGUGCUUCGUGUAGUUUUAAAAAAUUGCUAACAAAAUGUUCAUCGACAAUCAGCGCAUAUAUUACAAGUUUACGCUUUCAGCCAUAGUAUUUAUGAAAGCAAUUAAGUUUUAAUUAACGAAUCUGAGCUAAAACCUGAUCCAUAAUUUCACAGGUACAGUGUCAUAUUUUGUAGGUCAAUCAGAAACCCUUGUGGGGGAAUUGAGGUGUGAACUUUGUAGUAGGUGAAUAGAAUUCAAUGAAUACUGAAUUGUGAAUGUCGCAAUGGAUAUAAAAAUUGAGCUAAACUGAACAUUGUAAAUGAUUUUUUAAAAGACCUUCAUUGGAACUAUUAUAGCCCGAUUUUUCAAUUAAAAAGCGUAAUUUAAAAUAUGCGUCUAUUUAUAUUAUUCUUUCACUUUAUCUCUCUCCCACAAUUCAAUUUUGGCUGCUUUUGCCUGAGAUCUAUAAGUUAACUCUUCGACAUACAUCGAUUAGAUAUACAUAUAUAUUGAUAAGUUUGAAAGUUUUUUAUUGCACACAUAAUUGCAUUCUUUCUUUAAAAACAAAUUCUAGACGUAAUUCUUCAGACUAAAAGCAUAGUCACGAAAGAAUUUAUGCUAAGAAAAUCUGUUGUGCAAUGCCACUUAGAUAGUAAGUAUUAUACAGAUGUCCUACCAAUGUAUCUUACUACAGUCUAUUUACAGUCAUUUCUAGGCAGACCAUCACUUUCCUGUCAAUUUAUAGAAAUGAAAUUUCAUGUUGUGCAUACCUUAAAUAAAUAAAAUCAUAACCAAAACUACCUCAUAUAUCUCAGUUAAAUUGUGACAAAAAUGUAUUACAACAAUCAAAAUUGGUACACAAUGAUUGGGUCUUUCACGAUCCUGUUAUUGAUUUAUUAUUACCAUCUAUAUUUGUUGGUUCAGUGUAAUUGGUUUUUUAUUAUAAAAACCCUUUUAAUUAAUACGAUUCUUCUUAAAAUUUCAAUAAAACAUUUGUAGCAAAGGAACAUACUCUUGGAAUGUUGUCAAUUUUAUGAUAAAGUAUCAAGUUCUCCGAAAUUGAAUUUACCUAAUUGGUCAGUGGUGUACUUACUGUAUUUUAAUCCAGAAUCUAUAAACAGUUUUUAAAAAGUUGUGAUAUAUAAAUAGAACGGGAUGUUUUUGGUAGGCUCUUUACAGCAAUUAUUGUGGCACUAGUCAUAGAUUUUAAGAGUGUAUUAUUAAACAUAUCAAAUACCGGCUGGCCGGUUUAUGUUGCCCAAGAACUCCUCACCUGGGUCUAAAAAAUUUGAGAUCAUGCUAAAACUUUGUUGCAAUAGGUGCAGGGUAACAAAGUGCUGGCCUACCUUAACUUUACCAACUUAGGGGGGAAUUCAGGGCAUUUAUUAAGCAACGACACUGCGGGUUAAUAGGAAGCGCUUUGAAGGGCCUAAUGCGCAAACGCCCUGGAAACUCAUAGUGUCGAUUUUGUGAUUUUUGUAUAUAUAAUUAGAAAUUCUGAUGCCGUCGACACACUCGAAAGAUAACGACCUGACACUUACCAUCAAAUAUAUCUGGAGUGUGAAACACGCCAUCUAUUAACAAGCACAAUCACAUCCGCAACACGGGAAAAAUUUAGUCAAUAUAUGUUGUACAGUUUGCCUUCAAAUCCAUUCACCCUAAACCUAUUUCAAAAAUAAAAAUUAUUGGCUAAUGCGUAAAUCGUAGAAAUUAUCUAAACUUUAACGUAACUGAACAUUUCCCUAUACAUUUAACAUAUCUUAUACAUUAGAUUUUUGCUUUUACAAAUAAUAGAUUAUAAAAUAAAAAUAAGAAAAUAUUUUGUAAUCCAUUAGAUUUUUCGAUGUAAACCAAAGCAUACUGUGAAUAUAUUUACAUCAAAGUAAGCGUAAAUGUUAAAUAUUAGAGUACGAACGCACUCAUAUUUCUUUUUGUUUUUGACAGUGGUCUUUUGUGAUUUGGUUUGGGGUCAGAUUCAUGUAUAGUCAAAGUAUAUAAAUAUAUGAAAAAAAUUUACAAAUAUAUUUUUUCGAAUAGUAGUGCAGAUGUUUGUGUUUGGUACGCGAUGACACUAUCAUUUGAAUGAUGUACCUCCCGUAUGUAAAGGCUGGUAUAAUUAUUAUAUAUAUAAUACAUAUCAAAUAUUUUUAUCGUUAUUCAUUAUGUAAUUAUUUAUUGUGAAGUGGAAUUUCUAACUUAAUAAAUAUAUUAUGAA